GCAUCAGGCCGUACCAUGGAGCUGCUUGGGGUCUUUUACAGGAGGAAGCUCUGGAGGAAACAGAAAGGGGAUGUAGGUCUGGGGACAGAGACAGGGGGUCUGGGGCGGUCAGACAGGGCACUGUGCAAGUCCCCUUCUGAGACCAGCGUCAACCACCUGGCCACCGGACUCAUCUCCAAGGUGCUACGCUUCACCAGACGCAGUGAGCCCGUCUCCAGACCACACUCGUGGCACUCCACCAAACUAGGCGAGGGCCAGCCAGACCCCAGCAUGGUGCAGAUAUCCCAGGGCACCAUAGACCCUCCCUGGCAUCACACAUUCAACUCCAGUGCGUCCACAACAGACCUGUCAGGUUACGACCCAGGUUACCUGAGGAAGAGUCCAGACCAGUACAGUUCUAGAGGAAGUAUGGAGAGCCUUGGGGAGCACCACGGCCACCCAGCCUACAGUUCUUCCUGCCACCAGCUGUCUGCCUCCAAGUCCUCCAACAGCAUGGACCACCUUCACAGCAAAAGGGACUCAGCCUACUCCUCCUUCUCUACCAGCUCUAGUAUCCCAGAGUACCUAGCGGCCACUCCGACCUUUAGUAAGGAGAGGUCAUACUCCAUGGAGACGGUUCCACAGAGGGGUGGGGUUAGCGGGGGAGGGGCCGUGGCGGAGGGCAUGCACCAUGCUGACAUACGAUACAUCCGUACGGUCUACGACCCCCAGCAGGGAGGUGCCCGAGAGCACGAGGUCAGCUCCGCUGCGUUGCUACGCAACCACGAGGCCAGCAGGGCGGGUUCUCAUAGUGGGGGCAAGGCCUCCUGUCACCGCGGCAGUAGUAGCUGUAGUAACAACAGUAGCGGAAGCAACGGCGGUAAUAACCCCAAACGACACAGCGUUGGGCCAAUCUGGGGUCAGUCUCAAUCCGCCAGCCGCAGUUCCUAUGAAAGCCUGAAGGGGGCGCCGGCUCCUCCCAUGCGGAGUGACAGCUACGCGGCGAUCAGGCACCACGAGAGGCCCAAUUCCUGGUCCAGCCUGGAGCAGACUCGCUCCCUCAGGGCUCUCCACAAGGGGUCCACCUCCUCCUGGUACCACUCCUCUGGCUCCGUGGCCUCCGGCUCGGGGAAGGGCUCCUACGGGGCCGAGGGCCAGCUCCACACCGUCAUAGAGAAGAGUCCUGAAAGCAGCCCCACCAUCAAGCCCAAACAGGGCGUGGGUCAAGUCCCCCAGCCCCCUGGCCGCCUCAUGUCGCCCCAGGGCAUCUACCCCGUGCCCCCUCCAGAGACCCACUAUGCACACAUGCCCACCAGCAGCCCCAGCCCCAGCAGUGUGUACCCAGGCCUGGCCAGGGAGAGCAGUCUGAGCAGACAGAGAGAGCUCCAGGGGUUAGGAGUGGGGGUCAGUGUGGAUACAGGGAUUGAGGUAUCUGUAGAGAAUGGAUACCAAAGCAACACUUUCAACUCUUAUGUCACCUGUUCCAACCAGCCUCAGCAUCAUGACUUAGCUCCGCCUCCAACCAAACAGCCAGCCCAGCCUGUUAACAGAGGGGGUGACAGAGGACAUGAGGAGACUCAAACCAAACAGGGUCUAUCCGGGUCUCAUUUGAAGGGGGAGGGACAAACCGUCUCCCGAAGGCAGAGCCAGCAAGGUCAUGGACAGGGUCAGGUAUACAGACCCUCCUCAGCCCAGUCCAUAGGCCAGGAGAGGAGGGACCCAUACACUCCAGUCCAGCCGCGGAGAGAGAGGCUACCCAGGUAUUCCCAGGGCUCAGAGAGUUACACUGAGAAGCAUCAGGUCAGACACACUGAACACAGCCAUCCAGACACUCAGCCUCCCACUACCAUGCCCACUAAGAUAACCAAGGGCCACGUUCCUCAGGGGAGCAGGCCUAGCAGUACCCCAGCCAAAGGGCCUGAUCAUCGGGUCAACAACCAGAGGUCCAGGUCCCCCCUCCGGCACUACAGCGACCCCAGUCCACCCCACCACCAGAAGAACCAGAGGGGACCAGAGCACCCUCUGACCCGGCUAGAGAAUGCCCUAGCGGAGGUUCAGCGUUGUGCCAGUCCAGAGAGCUCCACUAGGAGUCGGAGCAGCCACCAGAGGAACCCGUCUGUCCUGGAGAAGGUAAACCGGUUCGAGCGCCACGAGCAGAGGAAACAGAGGAGUCAAAGCAUCAAUGCCACCCACACCAACCUGGGACCCUCCUCCUCCCGUCCAACUCAGCCCCAGCCUCAGCCCAAGCACCAUGAGAGGGCCAUGAGCUAUGGUACUGGUAUGGAUGACCUGCGUAACAUGCUGGAGAGAAGCAGCAGCCCCAGCAGCACCUGCAGAACACUGAGUUCCUCCUCUAGCGCACAUCAUGGGAAAACUAUGGUGUCCCACAAGGGUCAUCAUUACGCAGAGCAGCAGAGGCCAGGGAGUUGUAACCAAGCCAAGCCCCAGACCUCCAGGGACCCCCACCACCAGCCGAACCCCAUGGACUCUAACCCUGGCUCGGCCCUACAGAGGAGCAGGAGCACCUUCCAACUGGGGAGCCAGGAGGAGAAUGGCCAUGACAGGGACAGAGAGUUCCAUUGGAGGGAUGACCUGCAGGUCCUACUGGGGACCAUCCAGGAUACGUCUUUUAACCGGGCCUACAGGGACAGUAUCAAGGACGCCCAGUCCAAGGUGCUCCGAUCCACCUCCUUCAGACGCAGGGACCUGGGAAUCAGCUCCAGCUCCAACCAGAGCUCCAACAACCCCCCUCCUGUAGUCAACAACAACGCCCCUCCUGGUGUCAACAACAACGCCCCUCCUGGUGUCAACAACAACCCCCCUCCUGUCCCCGCUAAGCACUUAUCCUUGGAGCGGAAGGCAGUGGCCCCCAAGACCGGUCCCAAAUCCUCCAUUGUCACCACCACUGUCCCAGCCUCCGCCCCAGCCACUCCCCUGUCCCCUCACACCCCCAAAGAGAGGCACACGAUCACCACCCCAGACCCAGUCCCAGCCCCAACCACCUCUCCCUCCCCUCACACCCCCAAAGAGAGGCACACGAUCACCACCCCAGACCCAGUCCCAGCCCCAACCACCUCUCCCUCCCCUCACACCCCCAAAGAGAGGCACGUUGUCAACCCCAAGCCCGAGAGGUUCAGCCCUCCAGAGCUCCCCAGUGUCCCAGCCUUGGGCCCACCAGUCCCGGCCCGAAUCGGUGGGCGUAAGAGGCUCACAAUGGAGCAGAAGAAGAGAUCGUACUCUGAGCCAGAGAGCAUGCACGAGGUGGGGUUAGAGUCUGACCCGAGGAGGAGUGCCCAGCACCAGCAGAUCCUGUUCCAAGGCACAGAGACCAGCGUGACAGACCGCAGGAGGAAGUUUGAGAUGGCAACCAGUCGCAGCCUGAGCUCCAGCUCCCAGGCUCCUCAGGCCCUCCAGGGCUCCCGGGCUCCUCAGGCCCUCCAGGGCUCCCAGGCUCCUCAGGCCCUCCAGGGCUCCCAGGCUCCUCAGGCCCUCCAGGGCUCCCGGGCUGGUCUAGCCGUCUCCCGGCCGGAGCUCUGGCAGCUGCAGCAGGAUGCCCUGGCCGACUACAUGGAGAGGAAGAGAGGCGGGAGGACAGACAGGGACAGGUCCGAGGAGAGACGGCAUCGUCACCGGCCCCACAGUGCCUACCUCCAGCCCUUCACAGACACCCAGAGUGUCUCUUCCACCUCCACCACCAGCCUAGCCUCUCUCCAGGAUCUGUUUGGCCCAGAAAGGAGCCUGUCUGGUGAGGAAAGGCUCUGCUCCACCCUGCCUCCUGGUCUGCAGCUCCAGGACAGUAUCUACCCAAGCAGGGUGACCGCACCACACAUCCAUGCCCAGGCCCCCACCUCAGUCUCCACCUCCCACCAAUACCCCACUGGAUUUGGAUCCAACAGGCCUCUGGAGGGAGUCCCAGCCCAGGCCUACGAGGCUUUCCGGAGCCAGCGAGGCGAUGUGGCCUUUGAAAGAACGGCUCCAGCCCGCAGCUCUGGGAAGUCCGCCUCAGCGGAGGAUCUUCUAGAAAACUCAGAGGAGAGGCCUGCACCACAGCACUUCAGAUCCCACUCCUCGCCCUCUGUAGAGAGGCUCAACCAGGACUUCAUGACAGGAGGAGAUCUGAGGAUGUUUCCGGACUUCUCUAAUGAACCCCAGCUGUUCACACACCAUGACAACAACAGGUCCAUGGACAAGCAGCGUUCAAAGCGUCCUGUCUCAGCCUCCCAGUCCCAGUAUGUGCCCACCCACUACCUGCUGAACCAGGGUCCUUCCCAAAGCAACACCCCUGUGAUGAGGAGAGAGAGGCAGAGGAACCCCGACCGCCAGCGGGCCCUUAGUGCCUCCGGCCUGGCUGCCUCUGUAGGUCUACCCUGCCCCUUCUCCUCCCCAGGCACCAGCCCCAACACUAGCCUUGACUGGCAGGUCAGCGAGAGGUUAAGCCUGGAUGCCAUCGCCUUCCCCUGCCUGUUGCAGGUUGACGCUCCCAGAGCCGUGUCCCCAGAGGCCAGGCGGAGCCCCACAGCACAUCAGGGCCAGAACCAAGAUCUGCAGACCAGGACCAGGCUGGACUCAUCAGACACCAGCACCUCAGAGGAGACCCUGAAAGACUUCCUCAUAGAGAGUUCCGUACCAAAGAACAUCCUACCCCUGGUCAUACCUAAGACCUCUCUAACCCCACCUCCUCCUAAAACCUCUCCCAGACCACACCCCCUGCUCUCCCUCCGCAUCUCAGAGUCCAACCUGCAGGAGACCCCGCCCUUACACAUAGCCUCGCCCACACAGGUAGUCCCUCCAAUAGUCUCCUUACAGGACUAUGACGAGGUGUUCCUCCAGGAGCUGGCCCCUCCCUCCCCUCCUCCUCCCCCGCUCCCCAUCAGGGAGACGGACAUCACAGAGGACUUCCCUCCUCCUCCUCCUCUCCUCCUCCUCCCCUCCUCCUCCUCACCCCCAGACAGAGAGGAGCAUCGUCCUGAGCUACAGCACUUCAACAGCUGUGAGUUCCUGGAGGCUGUUUGUCCAGAGAGAAGACCAUCUAUCUCCUCCCCUCCACCUCAGACAGCCCCCCUCUCUACCCCCCAGCCUGAGACUCCGACCCACCAGACCCCCAUCGACCCCAGCAGCAGUAUCCCAGAUCCCCAGCAGGGGCCUAGUGGCAAGGAAAGCCUGGGGUUAGAGUACCAUCUCCUGGCCAGGAGGGAGAGGUCUGCUGGGGAGCUGAAGGUGGAAGCCCUGGUCAGACAGCUGGUGUCCCGGGGGGAUAAGACCCUGAGCCCGAUGCUGGACACCUGGCCCGGGGGCGGACGGACCAGCACCAUGGACCUGAUGGAAGAGAUCUUCCCCGCUGGGGGAGGGAGGUUGCCGUGGCAACGCCGUAGGAGCAGCGCCUGGCUGGAGGACAGAAGUCAAGAUGGCGUCUGUUCUACAGGACCGAGUCUGCAGCAGAAAACAGAGCCGGGAAGAGGAAUAGAUCUGGAUGAGGAAGAGGCAGACCUCAAUCAGAAGAAGGUGGAGCUACUCCAGGCUCUGACCCUUAGCGUUGCCUCACUCCGAGAGGAGAGAGAGGUUCUGGGUGAGGAGCAGAGGAGGUUCCGGGCCCUAGGGGGCCACAUGGAGAGCCUGGUCCAGGAGCGCUGUAAGCCCAACGAGAAGGAGAAGUACAGGAUGUUCAUCGGGGACCUGGAUAAGAUAGUCAACUUGUUGAUGUCUCUGUGUGGCCGGCUGGCCCGGGUCCAUAACGCUCUCUAUGACCUGGACAGAGAGGAGGAGACAGAGGACAGCGCAGAGGAGAGGGAGUCCUUACAGCAGAAGCGCAGGCAGCUGUGUAGUCAGCACGAGGAUGCCAGGGAGCUGAAGGAGAAUCUGGAUCGUCGGGAGCGUGUGGUUCUGGACAUCCUGGGUGGGUACCUGACCGGGCCGCAGCUUAGAGACUACCAGCAUUACGUCUGUAUGAAACCAGCCCUCCUGAUCCGACAGAGACACCUGGACGAGCUCAUCAAGCAGGGGGACGAGCAGCUCGACAGGCUGAUAGAGAGUAUCUCUCCUGGGGACCACCAGGCUUUGCUCUGCUGUUCCUCCAACCCAGGGUUAGGCCCCAGGGGACCCAGUCCUAACCUUGAUCCUACCCAUACUGUCCGCUCCAUCACUGUAACAUCCCUGUGACUCCUGUAAAACCCCAACCAUAACAGUCCUGGUCACUACCACGAUACUCCAGCUGUGUCUCUGGCGCAAUGGGUGAAGACUACUACAUACAACACAUAGGACUGGCCAAUGACACCGCAAAACAACAGAUGAAGAAGAGACGGAGACAGCAUCUCUCUUCCCAUGUCGAGAUGAACUUUAGAGAAAGGGACUUCAUGUGAAGGGUGUCACCUGUCUGUUCCCUUGUUUUGCGUACAGACAGACAAACUAUGCGAAGUGACCAUGAUGGAUAUGUUGUCGUGCCUCUUAUCAUAUUUCUGCCUUCUUUGUUACUCCAGCUUCUUCACAUAUCUCUGUUGUGACUGCGCCACUCUUCGGUUGAUUCAAUACACGGUUCAAGUGCCUAGUGUAAUUCAUACGAACAGAUUGACAGUUUUGAGUGUAGUGGAUGUACAACUGCCUGCCAAGACAUUUUAUUCACAGUAUAUAUACUGUGAAUAUAUAUAUAUAUAUCAGUUGAAAUAUUACUACUGCCUUUACACAUCACUACAGCUGAGAACUUUGUUUUGGCAGAUGAACUACUGAUUGGUCAGAAUCACAGAUCUUGUAUAUCUCAUUCUGUUCCUAUUGGUUAGGAGGAACCAGACAUGAAAUAGGCCUGUUUUCUUUAGCAACACAACAGCAGGCUCUGACACACAUGAAUUUUUUAGCCACAAAAUCUAAGGCUUUUUUCAUUUUUUUUUUUAAACUUCAAAUACUUAUAUUUCAGACUCAAAAAUGAUGCUAAUGAAAAAAAAAAGCUACCAUGACACUGACAGCAAAUGCAAUAAUUAUUUAUAUUAUAAAAAGGAAAUGGUAUGUAUUAUGUAUGUGGCUGUGCUUUUUAAUAUGUAGAUGGAGAAAAAACAAACAUGUUAUAUAUAUUUUUUCAACUGAAAAAAAAUGAUGGAAUGAGGCAAGUUGACAGUGGGCGUUCUAAACUGACCUCUGGUCACAUGGUCUUCCUCUGAUACAAGGCGGCGUCCUUCAUGAUGACGAGGCUUCUAGGAAGUAAUCAGAUGUUACUCGGGAAAGUCGUUGCCCAGUAAGUACAUGCGUACUGUGGGCGGAGCUAUCUCAUUGGGCCGUGGUAUCACUUCGUAGGGAUAUCUGGGUAAAACAAAUAGAGAAGGUUGAAAUAUUGUAGGUUGGUACUGUCAGUUCAUGUGACAUGCCUACUGUUUCAACAUCGUCCGACGACAUCUGUGUGACUUGCUUGUUUCACUUCUCAAAAAAAAAAUGUACUAUGCCAAUUGAUAUUGUUGUAUCCUUUUGAGAGCACCUUUUUUAAAACAUUUACAGACUAUCCUAAUUUAUCCUAAUCAGGCACAUAUUCAUAAAUAUCUAUCACCACUGUUGUCUACAUACAUCUGAAGAUGGCUGAUAUGUAAAUGUUUGUCCGAGCUCGUGACUUAGCUAUCUCACUAAUGUAGUGUCCUAGCUAUCUCACUAAUGUAGUGUCCUAGCUAUCUCACUAAUGUAGUGUCCUAGCUAUCUCACUAAUGUAGUGUCCUAGCUAUCUCACUAAUGCAGUGUCCUAGCUAUCUCACUAAUGCAGUGUCCUAGCUAUCUCACUAAUGCAGUGUCCUAGCUAUCUCACUAAUGCAGUGUCCUAGCUAUCUCACUAAUGCAGUGUCCUAGCUAUCUCACUAAUGUAGUGUCCUAGCUAUCUCACUAAUGUAGUGUCCUAGCUAUCUCACUAAUGUAGUGUCCUAGCUAUCUCACUAAUGUAGUGUCCUAGCUAUCUCACUAAUGUAGUGUCCUAGCUAUCUCACUAAUGUAGUGUCCUAGCUACCUCACUAAUGUAGUGUCCUAGCUAUCUCACUAAUGUAGUGUCCUAGCUAUCUCACUAAUGUAGUGUCCUAGCUACCUCACUAAUGUAGUGUCCUAGCUAUCUCACUAAUGUAGUGUCCUAGCUAUCUCACUAAUGUAGUGACCUAGCUAUCUCACUAAUGCAGUGUCCUAGCUAUCUCACUAAUGCAGUGUCCUAGCUAUCUCACUAAUGUAGUGUCCUAGCUGUCUCACAAUAUUCGUAAACAAUAAUGGUGCCAUCCACAUUUUUCUCCAUAGCGUUUUCUGUGACAUCACUGAAUUAACAGAUUUGACAGUUGCUGUAAUCAAAUUCCAUGUGUUAAUCUCGCUUUAUGACACGUAGGGGAGGAAGGCCGAUUAGAAAACAGAUCCUCAAAAUAAAUCUAUUUUUAAAGAGCC